AAUAUUCAUUUCCGUUUUCGACACAGAAAAUCAGCCUUGCUCAGUAAAAUUGAUAUUCGUACGGUUUUCUGUGCAUAUUAAAGCAUGGCCGACGUUGUGACGAAGGAUUCACGACAGAGUGAACACACUUUGAAUUCAAAGGCCAUAAAAGAGUUGAACUCAUUGUUAUCUGUGUUGUCUUUGGAUCCAGUUCGGUGUCAGACAUUUGAAACGAUCGCCUCAUCUUUAUAUCAACAUUUCAAUAAGCAAGAUUCCUAUCGAAUUGGAACCUCUUUAGUCUUACUUUUACGAAAUAAAGAUAUUCUGAAAUCAAUUGGUCAACGAUUGGCAGCGAUCUACUUGUUAUAUGAUAUGUAUAAAAAUGAAGCAGUCGCAAUGAAUCCAUUUGCCUCUGUGUUUGUUCAUAUGCAUAGUCCACCUACAGAGCGUCACGAUGGCACAAACACCGUUUUUCAUUGGGCUAUUCCCGAUGUGUCAGAUCAUGAAAAAUACUUUAUUGCCAAACUCAUAUCGAAUGGAACCAAGGAGCUAGGAAAGAAAACGCCCGAACAAAUAAUUUCACAGUCUUCAAAGAGUGAAGAAAUGGGAGAUAUGAGUGGUCUUCAACUGUCACUUGUGGAACGACAAUCGGCAAUGCAUGCAAUCAGCAAGAGCUCAAUGCCUUUAAUCGUUUCAAUACCAGAAACAGAUGAGGCAGGAACUACCAUAGAAAGUUCUUAUACCGAAGUGGCGCCAUCACUAUUGUACGCGGAUAAAUGCGUAGGACCUCACUUUAUUCGACCUGUUUGUCCUAUGAGUAAAGGGAUAGACGAAUUAAGUAUGAUAAUUCCAAGAGAAGCAUCUAGUUUAAAGUUUUGCUGGCAUGGUGGAGUAUGUGAAGCGACAGAAUUCCUGACUGAGGCCAGACGACUACUUUCUAUAGCCUAUACAAGAUCCUUAGUUCUACCUCAACAACACCUUUUGGUUGCGAUUAUAUUAGAAGAUGAUAAUAUUGUUUUCCAAUUGGGUUUAACGCCAACAAAAUUACCAAAUUUGGUAGAGAAUAACCCAUUAGUAUCAAUAGAAAUAUUAAUUAAGUUAAUGUCAUCAAGUCAAAUAGCAGAUUAUCUUAAUGUUUUGGUUAAUAUGGAUAUGUCAUUGCAUUCUAUGGAGGUAGUUAAUAGGCUAACGACUGCUGUCGAUUUACCAGCUGAAUUUAUACAGCUGUACAUAACGAAUUGCAUUUCAACGUGCGAAAAUAUUAAGGAUAAAUUGAUGCAGAACCGUUUAGUUCGACUCGUUUGUGUUUUUCUACAAUCUCUUAUUCGAAACAAGAUCGUCAACGUUAAAGACAUUUUCAUCGAGGUGCAAGCGUUCUGUAUAGAAUUUUCACGUAUUCGAGAAGCGGCAUCACUGUUUCGUCUCUUAAAGACAUUAGACAAUGAUAGUAGUAGUGUAACGAAUACGACGUAA